UUUUCGAACCGCACGCGCUCCUGCUGAACCGACUUGAACCCGGUAUCCAAUUAAUUCCCAAACCAUCUAGUUCUUCCUCUUCAAUCCGCUCCUCUUCCCCAGUCUGUUCGACUGCUGAAUGCCUGAAUAGUGAGUGAAUGCCCCCCCACAACCCGCCAUGAGCAGCAGCAGAGCCAGGAACUUCCGCCGUCGUGCCGGGGACGACGACGACGACAACAACAAUAACAACCAAAACGACGACGUCAAGGUCACCACAAAGACCACCACCCCCGCUCCCAAACCUAAGCCCAAGAAACUCCUGAGCUUCGCGGACGACGAGGACGCCCUAAUCCCCUCGCGCUCCACUUCCUCCUCCUCCAAGCGUCCGACCAAGCUCUCCGCCUCCUCUCACAAGGUGACCUCACGCACCGAUCGCCGGGCGCACUCCUCCGCCUCCGUCGCCUCCAAUGUCCAGCCGCAGGCCGGUACCUAUACCAAAGAGGCGCUCCUCCAGCUCCAGAAGAACACCCGAACCCUCGCCCCCUCUCGCCCCUCCUCCACCGAGCCCGCCAUCGUCCUCAAAGGCCUCCUCAAACCCCCCGACGACGAUGACGACCACCCCGCUAUCUCCCAAACCCUCAAGCGAAACGGCGACGAAUCGGAAAACGACGACCACAACGAGGAAAACAACAGAGAGAGGCGCGACGCGCAGACCCAAUUCGCUUCCUUGGGCAUCGGAAAAUCCAAGGAUUCGUUGAUUCCCGACCAGGCCACCAUCGAAGCGAUACGUGCGAAACGGGAGCGGCUUCGGCAAUCGCGCGCGGCCGCACCGGAUUACAUCUCGUUGGACGGAGGCAGCAAUCACGGCGAGGCCGAGGGAUUGAGCGACGAGGAGCCCGAGUUUCGAGGCCGGAUCGCCAUGUUUGGGGAGAAGAAGAAGACCGAGCCCGCGGAGACGAAGAAGACGAAGAAGGGCGUGUUCGAGGACGACGAUGGCGACGGUAGGGAAGUGAGUGUGCACUUCGCGAAGGACAGCGAGAACGGUGAAGAGGAUGAGGACGAGGAGGAGAAGAUAUGGGAGGAGGAGCAGUUUCGGAAGGGGUUGGGGAAGAGAAUGGACGAUGGGACUAGCAGAGUGGUUGUCACUGCUACUGUUCCAGUGGUUCACAGUUUGCAGCAGCAUAAGUCUGUUUAUCCAGCUACUGUGCCGAGUGCGGUGGUAGUGGCGAGUAUAGGCGGUGCAAUUGGAGCCUCGCAAGGUUUGGAUGCUCCGAUGUCAAUACCGCAACAAUCCGAGGUGGCAAGGAAAGCUCUGCAGGAGAAUGUGAGGAGGCUCAAGGAAUCUCAUGGUAGGACCAUCAUGUCACUGACAAAGACUGACGAUGAUUUGUCUGCCUCACUUUCGAAUAUUACUGCUCUUGAAAAGUCUCUAUCUGCUGCCAAUGAAAAGUUCAUCUUUAUGCAAAAGCUUCGUCAUUUUGUUUCUGUUAUAUGUGACUUCUUGAAGGAUAAAGCUCCCUACAUAGAGGAGCUUGAAGAGCAGGUGCAGAAACUUCAUGAAGAGCGUGCUUCGGCUAUUUUGGAAAGAAGGGCUGCAGAUAAUGAUGACGAACUGAUGGAGGUAGAAGCAGCUGUGAGUGCAGCAAUGUCUGUUUUCAGUCAAAGAGGUAGCAGUGCUGAAAUGAUUGCGGCAGCCAGAAGCGCAGCACAGGCUGCAUCUGCUACUGUAAGAGAGCAAACAAAUCUACCAGCGAAGUUAGAUGAGUUUGGUAGAGACAUAAAUUUGCAGAAACGUAUGGAUAUGACGCGGAGGGCUGAACGCAGGAAAGCUAGGUUCGAUUCUAAGAGAAUAUCAUCCAUGGAAUUGGAUAGUUCCAAUCAAAGAAUAGAAGGCGAGUCAAGCUCGGAUGAGAGUGAUAGUGAGAGUACAGCAUACCAACAUCACCGUAAAUUGUUGCUCCAGACUGCUGAUCAAAUUUUCAGUGAUGCAGCUGAGGAAUAUUCCCAACUUUCAGCAGUUAAAGAAAGAUUUGAAAAAUGGAAGAGAGAUUAUUCAUCAAGUUAUCGUGAUGCUUACAUGUCAUUAAGUGUUCCUGCUAUCUUCUCUCCAUACGUGAGACUGGAGCUGUUGAAGUGGGACCCACUCCACGAGGAUGUAGACUUUUUUGAUAUGAAAUGGCAUACGCUGUUAUUUGAUUAUGGUUUGCCGACCGAUGGAAGUGAUUUUGCAUCUGAUGAUACUGAUGCUAAUCUUGUCCCUGAACUGGUGGAAAAGGUAGCACUUCCCAUUUUGCAUCAUGAAAUUGUCCACUGUUGGGACACACUCAGCACACGAGAGACGAAGAAUGCAGUUACUGCCACAAGCCUGGUUACGAAUUAUGUUCCAGCUUCCAGUGAGGCUCUUUCAGAUUUAUUAGCUGCUAUUCGCACUUGUCUAGCUGAGGCUGUUGCUAAUCUUACGGUCCCAACGUGGAGCCCACUUGUAUUGAAGGCUGUGCCAGGUGCUGCACGAGUCGCAGCAUAUCGAUUUGGAAUGUCUGUUCGUUUGAUGAGAAAUAUCUGCUUGUGGAAAGACAUUCUUGCUUUGCCAGUUAUAGAGAAACUUGCUCUAGAUGAGCUUUUGUGUGGAAAAGUGCUACCUCAUGUUCGAAGCAUUACAGCAAAUGUUCAUGAUGCGAUCACAAGAACUGAAAGGAUCAUUGCUGCUCUAUUUGGGGCUUGGGCAGGUCCAAAUGUCACUGGUGGACGCAGCCACAGGUUGCAACCACUGGUGGAUUACGUGCUGUUGCUUGGAAAGACAUUGGAGAAAAAGCGAGUGAUGGGUAUUACCGAGAGUGAGACAAGUGGACUUGCCCGGCGAUUGAAAAAGCUGCUGGUUGAGCUCAAUGAAUAUGACAAUGCUAGGGAGCUAGCUAAGACAUUCCAUCUCAAGGAGGCUUUGUAAUAUUUUUGAGAAGCUUGUCUCGCGUGACAGUGAGAAUACUAGGCUUACCCAUGGGUUAAAGAAUUGCAGGGUCAUCUCAAGAAAUGCAUUGAAGGCUAGAGCCAUAUAUCAGACUUAAUAUCUGGAGGAGGCACCUCAGUCCUCAAGCAAGCAUCAGGUCCGUAAAUAUCAAGGAGGCACUCUGUGCUAUCUCAUUCUUCCAGGUAACUUUGAACAAAGGCCUGUUCAUGUCUUGACCUUGAAGCCCAAAGAGGCAUUUGAGCUUUCGCUCUCUCCCUCUUUGUCCCAUGAUGCUUUUUUGAACUCAGCAGCCAAAUAGUUUCUGGGCUUUGUAGCUUGAGGCUUCCAUAAAGGUUUCUAUGCUACAUUAUUGUCUCUUUUCGUCUUUCUUCUUUUGGGAAGGGGGGUGAGUGUUGCCAAAUUUUCGAGAGGCAAUAAUAUGUUCUCUUUUUUUUUUU